GCAAAAAGAACCAGAACAUCUGCUGAUAAAAUAUGAGCAAAUGGAACUGGAACAGCUACAAAUAAAACAGGAACAAGAAGAUUCAGAACAUCUCCACAUAAAAACGGAACAAGAGGAACCAGAACAUCAGCAGUUUAAAGCUGAAGAAAAUCAACUGUGCAUCACUCAGUAUGAAGAGCACCUUGUGAUGAAACAGGAGAUUGGAGACAUUUUGGUGACUCCUCUUAAUUUGCAAAUAAUCUACAAUGAAACGGAACCAACCAGAAACCAUCUCGUCUCUCAUGCUUCUCCUGAAGUUGAGAAUCAGGAUCAGGAAGGAAGCAAUUCUGAAGACCAAGGAGAAAAGAGAGACAAAGAGCAGAAACAAAUCAAGAGAUGUCAGACAAACCAAGAGCAGAAAGGCACUUCUGAGGGUUUAAAACAAAAUACCCACAAUGGGGACCUAAAUUUAUAUUCCUGUAAAGUUUGUGACAAAGUCUUUUCUCRAAACAGUAAUUUGACAAUACAUAUGAGGACUCAUACUGGUGAGAAGCCUUUUACAUGUACUACAUGUGGAAAAUGUUUCACUAGAAAAGGUCAUUUAGGUUCUCAUAUGAGAAGAGACACACGUCAGAAGCCUUCUACAUGUAUUUGUGGAAAUAGUUUCACUCAGAAAGGUCAAUUAGCUACUCACAUGAAAGGUCACACAGGUGAAAAGCCUUGUACAUGCAUGACUUGUGGAAAGGGUUUUAGUGAAAGAAACGCUUUAACUUUUCACAUGAGAACUCACACAGGCGAGAAACCUUUCCCAUGUGUGACCUGUGGAAAAACUUUCUCUAAAAAAGUUAUGCUAACUAUUCACAUGAGGAUUCAUACAGGCGAGAAGCCUUUCACAUGUGUUGCUUGCGGAAAACAUUUCACUCAAAAAAGCAAUUUAAUUACACAUAUGAGAAUUCACACAGGGGAGAAGCCUUACCCAUGUAGAAUCUGUGGAAAUCAUUUGUCUACCAAAGAUAGUUUAGCUUCUCACAUGAGGAUUCACAAAGGUGAGAAGCCUUACACAUGUGGGAUCUGUGGAAAACAUUUCACCAAUAGAAACAGUAUAGCUGUUCACAUGAGAACUCACACAGAGGAGAAGCCUUUCUCCUGUAUAACUUGUGGAAAAAGUUUCACUCAAAAAGGUCAUUUGACUAAUCACAUUAAAGGUCACACAGGUGAAAAGCCUUUCACAUGUACCACUUGUGGAAAGAGUUUUAGGGAAAGAAGGGGUUUGACUGCUCAUAUAAGAAGUCACACAGGCGAGAGGCCUUUCUCAUGUGAAAUCUGUGGAAAAAGGUUCACCAACAGACAGAGUUUACCUAUUCACAUGAGAAUUCACACAGAGGAGAAGCCUUUCUCCUGUAUAACUUGUGGAAAAAGUUUCACUCAAAAAGGUCAUUUGACUGAUCACAUUAAAGUUCACACAGGUGAAAAGCCUUUCACAUGUACCACUUGUAAAAAGAGUUUUAGGGAAAGAAGGCGUUUGACUGCUCAUAUAAGAAGUCAUACAGGCGAGGGGCUUUUCUCAUGUGAAAUCUGUGGAAAAAGGUUCACCAACAAACAGAGUUUACCUAUUCACAUGAGAGAAUACACAUGUGAGACGGAAUUAUGUGAACCUCAAAUAUCAAGUUGCUCUUGAAGUCUUUCUGAUUAUAAUAUGGCCACAAUGUAUGUAUAAGGUUGACUAAAUCUUAAUCAGACCUGAGAUGUUUUACUUUUUUGGUUUAAGUAUCUUCAUUGAUAGCCUGUUAAAGCUAUUCUAAAUUUUAGGAUUUCUUUUUGUCUUAGCAUUUUUGCUUAAAAUGUAUUUUUCUCCACUGCUAUUCUAAAUUGUAAAGUUCUUUUUACCCAUUUGUCUUGUCAUUCAUUACACAGAGUUUGUGUUUCAGAUGUUUUUUCUGGAUGUUUGUAAAUGUUUUAGUGAUAUAGAUUCAAAUAAUUUUACUGUCAGUAAAAUCUUUUGUAUCUCUUAUAAAAUAAAGUGCAAUUUAUCAUCA